AAACCGAGUCCCGUGGGGUCCGCACCGUGCUGUGAAGCCGGUGGCGGCAGCGGCUUGGGAGCGCUAUGGCCAUGGCGGCCGUGGCCAGGGCUCGUUUCCCUCUUCGUCUCUUCCAUUCCCGGCUCCAUCGGCUCCAUUGCCUUCCACUGGCUGGGGGACAUUUUCCAGUGAAGGCAGACAUUGCGCAACCACGUUUUUUCAGGACAUCCCGCUCUUGCUUCGCCGUCCAGCAAUUCAAACUGGCUGAUAUUGGCGAAGGCAUUGCAGAGGUCCAGCUGACAGAGUGGUUUGUGAAGGAGGGCGACAUGGUCAAAGAAAUGGAUAACGUGUGCGCUGUCGAAAGUGACAAGGCUUCAGUAGAGUUGACCAGCCCCUACACAGGGAAAGUGGUGAAGGUUCACCACAAGGUGCAAGACACCGUCAAAGUCGGCUCCGUUCUCAUUGAUGUGGAGACCGGAGACAGCUCGGCGCCAACAUCAUCACCACCCAAGCCACAGCCUACACCAGCAGCUGCACCAUCAGCACCAUCAGCACCUUCAGGGGGAGUCCAGCAAUUCAAACUGGCUGAUAUUGGCGAAGGCAUUGCAGAGGUCCAGCUGACAGAGUGGUUUGUGAAGGAGGGCGACAUGGUCAAAGAAAUGGAUAACGUGUGCGCUGUCGAAAGUGACAAGGCUUCAGUAGAGUUGACCAGCCCCUACACAGGGAAAGUGGUGAAGGUUCACCACAAGGUGCAAGACACCGUCAAAGUCGGCUCCGUUCUCAUUGAUGUGCAGACCGGAGACAGCUCGGCGCCAACAUCAUCACCACCCAAGCCACAGCCUACACAAGCAGCUGCACCAUCAGCACCAUCAGCACCUUCAGGGGGAGUCCAGCAAUUCAAACUGGCUGAUAUUGGCGAAGGCAUUGCAGAGGUCCAGCUGACAGAGUGGUUUGUGAAGGUCAAAGAAAUGGAUAACGUGUGCGCUGUCGAAAGUGACAAGGCUUCAGUAGAGUUGACCAGCCCCUACACAGGGAAAGUGGUGAAGGUUCACCACAAGGCCAUGGGAAAGCUCACAAUCUUGAACACCAGCAAUCUUCUGUCGAAGAUUUUGAAGGUGCAAGACACCGUCAAAGUCGGCUCCGUUCUCAUUGAUGUGGAGACCGGAGACAGCUCGGCGCCAACAUCAUCACCACCCAAGCCACAGCCUACACCAGCAGCUGCACCAUCAGCACCAUCAGCACCUUCAGCACCAUCAGCUGCAUCAGCACCAGCCAAGGCUGCAGCUGGGUCCAAGGCACCUGGUGUCCUAGCAACACCCAAGGUCCGUGGCUUGGCGAAGCAGAUGGGUAUUGAUCUCAACACGGUGAAGGGAACAGGUGCCCAUGGUCGUGUGCUCGCCGAGGACUUGAAAGGGGCCGGAGCCGCGGCUGCCGCUGCUGCGGCUCCAGCCCCUGCCGCAGCGGCGCCAAGCUUCACUCCGCCUCCACGAGUUUUGGAGGACCAGACCAUUCAGAUCACGGACAAUGUCGGAAAGGGCAUGGUCAAGUCAAUGCAGGCCUCCCUGGUGGUUCCUUACAUGGCCUUGGGAGAGGAGAUCGACAUGACUGAGAUCUUGGCGCUGCAAAAGCAGCUCAAGGAACAUGCUCUGAAGAAGUACGGCAGCAAAAUCACUGUGACGUCCUUCAUGCUGAAGGCGAUAAGUUUGGCGUUGUAUGACAAUCCCAAAGUCAACAGCAAAUUUGGGUCACCGGACGCGAACCCUCCAAACUACACGGUCUAUGGCAGCCACAACAUCUCAGUUGCAGUAGAUACUCCUGGAGGUCUCAUGGUACCCAACAUCAAGGACGUCGGCGGCAAAAACGUGUUGGAGAUCCAGCAGGAGCUGAUGCGCCUGGCGGCCGCGGCUCAGCAGGGCAAGUUGGCCCUGCCGGACAUCCAGGGAGGAACCAUCACACUUUCGAACAUUGGAGUCAUUGGCACCAAGGAUCCCCGUCCUAUUCUCUUUGAUGGACAAGCCGUCAUCGGUGCCACUGGAAGAACAAUGACACUGCCCAGAUACAAUGCCAAAAUGGAGUUGGUUCCCCGGCAAGUGAUGAACAUCCGCUGGGUUGGAGAUCAUCGUCACCUGGAUGGUGCUGCUCUGGCACGUUUCUCCAAUUCCUUCAAGAGCUACAUGGAGAACCCGGGAGAGUGGCUUCUGGCGAUGAGAUGAAGAGUGCGGAAGAGUUCGGAAGAGUUCUGAGUUCCGAGACACAUUGAUAAUCAUCAAUACUAAACACAUUAAAGGCAAAGAAAGGCUGAG